AUGCAGUCACUGACCCCAUCCCGCGUGAUUGGCCGCUCGGCGUCGGCCAGGAAGGCCCCUGCCCCCACUUCACUGCGAGAAGACGUGGGCAGCCUCUCUGCCGGUGGCGCGGGCACGAGUGCGGCAAGGGAAAGAGCAGGCAGCGUUGUGCGGUCUGCUUCAGCCAGAGCAGCCUCUCUGACCAGGUCGGGUAAGGCUGAGGGCAGAGCGGCGGUUGGUAGGGAGGCAAGAGGUUUCUGCCGGAGCCCAUCACGCGACAGCGGCAGUGUCGGUCGAUGCCGCCCGCAACCUUUUGGACACAACGUUGGUCAGCCGCAAGUCUGCCCUCGCUCGACGGUCACGCUGUGCUCACCGAAUCAGCACCUCCCUCCCGCCCCACACGAGUCUUUGGGAGGAGCACCGACCACCGCCGGCCCACCGACGUCGACUGACGACCGCACAAGCGCGCUCCCGGGGACUCGUGAAGCGCCAAAACGAUCGAAGAUACAUAUUCGGAGCACUCACGUGCACAGUGCGCCUGGUGGGCCAUCAGGGGCGAUGCGGCCCGUCUCCGCCAGGGACACCCCCGCACCACCGCAACAGCGACGUCAAGUUGCGAAGUCUGGUGAGGUGGCCACCGAGCCGACGCCUACGCCCAUCCCCUCCGCCGUUGCGACGAUCACGUCGAGCCCGCUGACGCACACACACACGACCAGCUGUGGACUGUUCAUACCACGCUCCCGCACCGCUCGCACCUCGGCCUCCUUGGAGGCAUUCUUGCUGAGCUUCCAGAACUGCCUCCACAGGCAAGAGAUUUUGUUCCAGCGUGUCGACACCGCCGUCGCCCAACUCGAGAGUGCGACGGUUUCUCCGCCUUCCUCGGCCCCAACAACACGGGCUCCGACAGCCUCUCUUCGGGGCAGCGCCUCGCUGCCGCGGUACGUGUUGCCAUCGCACAUAUCUUCCUACGCCUCCGCGGCGGCCGCAACCGGUGCGUCGCCGACGCGACUAAACAGGACUGUAACCUUUCCAGGUGCUGUUGCCGGAGCAAGGCGUAGGGGGGGCGCCAAUGACAUGGCCAGCUCUAACGCCCACACAGACGGCGCGCCGGUGGUCUCCGCCUCGUCCUCCCAGCAGGAGCUCCCGCUCACCGAGGCUUUUCACCGCGCGCAGCGGCAUCAGCCAAGCCAGAGCACUGGGUCUUCCACUCUUUCAUUGUCCGUUGUCGUGGUCCAGCCCGCGUUGAAGCGCGUUGGCGGCAAUGACGUUGCCUCGCCGAUGAUGUGUUCCUCCUCUCAAGGCCUCCUAUCACCGCCCCAGCAGAUGUCGCCGCUCCUCACGUUUCCGACCUACGUUCGGGUUGACGGCGUGGGACUGACGCCGACCUUGGCGGCGCCAUCUAGGCUCUCGCAUUCACAUACCCUGUUCCCUUCCUCGACGCCGAAGACACCGCCGUCGCCGGCUCGGUUGGCCAUGACGCAGGAGCAACUCCUCACGAGCAACAACGGGUGCACAGGCAGCCUGCCACUGAACACAAGGGUGACGUCGCGGGUGACCGACUCCCCGUCCAUCGCCAGGAGCGGAGGGGUACUGGGCAGACAGGGAUACCCAGCGGGGGACGCGGAGGUCGUCGCAGGUGAACCAGCCAUGGAAGCCCCCGUGCUGCCCGCGUCUGCCGAAUGGACGGAUGCAUACGAGGCAGCCACGGGGUGCAGCAGGGCGAGCACCGCCGCGGAGAACACCGCAGCUGAGGAUGCGGGGGGGGGCGCCGGCGGUAGGCAAAAGGCUGCUGCUGCGACCGAGUCGUCCAGUAACGAGAGCGCCUCCGCUUCUCCGAUCCUGCACAGUGGGCAGAUGCCCUACCUCACGACCACCAUCUCUGGCGCAGACCAGAGCUUCAACAGCGGUUGCGGCGGCGCAGGGAGCGAUGGCGUGCCGGCGUGGUCCAGCGCCCUGCCUGGGCACGCGAAGGGAGGAAGCCUCCGUAUCGGCGGCAUUCCUGAAUCGUCCGUGAUGAGCGCCUUCAGCGAGAGCGCGGACAGCGUGUCGCUCUCGCCCCUCUCGCGCCCGCCGUCGAUUUGGAUAGGCAGCCCGAGGACGCGAGGCACCCUCGGCCCGACGUCGCCGCAUCAAGCGCCGCCGUCGCUGCAGCUGCACUCCUCGCUUGGGGGGAGCACAAUCAGCACAGCAUGGAUCUCGCCUCGCCGUGUGCCGAACAGCCACAACAGCCGCAGCAGCAGCAACGCCGCUGGGGCGGCGCAGGCGUCGGCGAACCGGUCCCCCCGCGCAGCGGCCGCGCUGGAGAACCCGCGACACACGUCGACGGCGGUGAACUCCGCCGGCUCUCUGCCGUCGACAAGUCAACAACAGCCGCAGCAGCGCAGCUCAGGGGACCUGCUCUCGCCCUUGUCCGGGCAGUGGCUGUUGUCACCCUCCCCGACACCAACAGUUUCGCGGCGUGCGAGUGGCGUGGCGCACCGCGGCAGCGUCCAGCUGACCUCUGUCAACUUGUCAGGCAGCGGCACCCAGAACAUCGCCGGCAACAGCAGCAGCGGCAACGCUGGUGGGUUGGUAACGGUGAUGUCAUCGGCUACAGUGGAGGGGAACGUUGUCUCCAGCCUUUCCUCAACAUCUCCUCUGGUGCCGCCGUGCUUUCCUGACAGCGGCGACGUUGCCACGGGUGCGGAUCAAGCCGUGACGUCGCCAGUAACGACGUGUCGCCAACUCACCCUAUCGUCGUCGCCGUCGGCCGAGGAAGCCGAUCGUGAUGACUCACCCCAGGAAAUCUCGCUGCGGCCCCCCAUUGGCCUGGCCGAGGAGGGGGACGACGAGGACGCGCAGCAGCUGGAACAGCUGGCAAACCGCUACGUCCUGCCACCGCCACCGCCGUCUUUGACAGAGUUGCAGCAGCAGCAGAACCAGCGCCGGCGCUGGAGCGCGCCACCAGUGCCCACCAUGCGACGUCCUCCCAUGGCCCCACUGCGGCAUCCCAACGCUACCUGCCCGGGAGCGUUUCGGAGUGAGGAGGAGCGACUGCGCAGCUCCACGCCACCGGUUGCGCGGCCAGAGGAGUGGCUGUCGUUUGAACAGCAGCACGAGCGGCUGCACCUGCCCGAGUGCUGGCGUGAUAGCGAGGUGAUCGUCGUCGACCAUGUGACGAAGGACAGGGAGCGUGAUUCCGAGGAGGCGGAGCGGCUGCUAGAGCUGGAGGAGGAGCUGCUGAGAGAGCUGCGGCAAAACCAAUCAGUCCGGGCGGACGGCGACGGUCUACUUCGGGGGGGCCGACGAUGGGGAAGUCGGGACAGGCACUUGACGGCAGGCGCCAACGCCGCCGGCGAGACGAUCGACGAGGAGGAGCUUGAUUGGGGCGAUGACUCAGCCGAUGAAGCCGCGGCGGACGCUGCGUACGAAGCACGACUGGCGCGCUACGGCAGAGCGAUGCUGCUGCACCGACGCGGCCGCUCUCACGCCUCACUGUACCGCGACGGCGGCGAGGGGUGCUCGUGCGGCAGCUGCCCAUCUGCCACGGGCUGGUGUUGCCGGCGCCGACCCGCUAACGGAGGAGACCGGGAGGGCUUCCCCUGCGACGACACCGCCUCGUUAAGAGGGGCGCCCAGCGGUGAGAGGACCACUCUCCCAGCUGCCACGGGUGUUCCUGCAGGGUCGCCCGUGCUGCCAACGCGCAACUUCAGCCGUCGCCACUCAGCCCCGGCGACCAUCUGGGGCGCCGACAAAGGGACGGAGUGGCGUGACCUGCAGGCACGGUUUGAGGAGCUCAUCAGUAUUCAGCAGCGUAGUCGCGGAAGUGAACGGGAUGGCGCCGAUGAUACAACUCUUGACGAGCAGUCGUUAUCCACACUGGCGAACAACACGGCAUCCAGUCCCAUGAAAGAAGGUCUCGCCAGCGGUAUAUCACGUCGCCGUCGGACCCACAGCUUUAGCCACGAAGUCGCCCCCUGCCCGGCAGAUGCGGCAGGCAGGCGGCCACAGAGCCCCUCUCCUCCGGCGAGCGACCUCAGCAGCUCCUACCGUGACCACAUGCCGCAUUGCGGCGACGGGAGCAGUGGUUUGCCUGCGCCAUCUCCGCGUACUGGUGGUGCUGCGGCACCGACGGCGCUCGAGCGUACACACACCCACCCGGGCCCAAGCGGCUACCGUCGCGUCCAGUGGAGGAGGGAAGCUAAGGCCGAUGCGGCGCCGUCGCUGCCCUCGCAGGCGCCCGAAAAUCAGCGCAUCGCUUCCGGCACUCUCUCUCCGUACUCAUCGACGCCUCCGUCCCCGUCAGAGAGGGAGGGCACAUCAGGGCAGUCGAACCAUGGGCGUGUGUCGGCUGCCUGCACGAAUCCCCCGGCGUUUCUCAUGUCUCCGAGGCACCCGUCAAAGAUGAUGAGCGCGCCCCACACAGCCAGCACGAGGGGCUCUGCCGAGACGCGCGAGGAAACCGACGCGUACGACAGUGACGUGGGGGAGGAGGAAAGGGGUCCGAAGAGCGCCAUGGCCGCGCGCACGCCCGUGGCGUCAACCGCGCAGCGGACACCGAGGCUGCACUUCACUGGGACUUCCCGCACGGCGUCAUCGAUCGGCAUACUGGGCCGGCCGCGACGCGCCAUGGGGCUGCACGACGCGCCGGGAAAGGGACGCCAAAGCGCGAAAGCCGGCCAGGCGGGUCGCGACGACGGUGAGUCCAAGACAGGUGCCACGCCGUCAACAACCCGCACGCUAUCCGCGAGGCAGAAGCCGCAGACGGCAGCGGCGUCUGCUGUGACAGCCGCCAGCGGAAGGCGCGGAAACCCUGCCGCCUCGAGGUUUGGCAGCUGCGGCUCCGCCAGGGGUCCGAGGAUUGCCGGCAGCGGAGGAGGGAGCUUCACUCGCUGCAGCGGCGCGAACUCUGCUUCUCUCGACACCACCAUCACCGCUUCCAUCGUCCCUACUAAGGAGGCGGAUAACGAGGCACCGACGGCCGCGAUGGAGUCGAACAUCCAUGGCACCACUCGCGCCGACACGGGGACAACGAUGUCGGGGUCGCACCCAUCUAACCACGCGCUCGAUGGCGGCGAGCUUGUAGAGCCGUUCUCGGCGGUGUUUGUGGUCGCUUCUCCCGCUGCCGCCGCCCCAGCCACCACGCCGUCGCCGUCAACAACCAUGCAGAAGAGCGCGCGGGACAGCGGCGCGCAGCGCGGACGACUGCGGGACAGCAAGGCCAGCUCCAGCCGGGACCCUGACAAGGACCACGACGCCCACGACGCUUCCCUCUCGUCGCCUCCACAGCAUCGGCACCGCAGACACGCCGGGGCAGAGGGUGAGACCCCCGUUUCGGUCCGCCUGGCGCACAAGGCAAGUGCCCGGCAUGGACCGGCGCUUCCAGAAAACGAAGCGAGGCAUCCGGACGGUGGUGCUGCACCAGGGACGACUGGGUUGGAGGGCGCUGACUCGCGCGCGCUGCUGCGACGACUUGCCCAGCAGAAGAACCGCACCCGCGCCAUGGAAGAGCGCCUGCGAUUUGGCGUCAACUGUACCACCUCAGUGAACCCGAAUAGCGGCAGCCACAGUGCGCGCAGCGGCGGCGGCAGCGGUUUCGUGUGGAGUGAUGGGCACAUCAUAGGCAGAUGGGGACUGGAGUCGGAGAGCUGCACGCCGACGCGCGGCGCCGCGCGGGCGUGCAUGGCUACCGAUCUUGCUCGCCAGGACUUCAGCACACUGCCGAAUACGUACUCAGUCAGCGCAGCCACCGGAGACGCCACCUUGGACACUCCUGUGACUCGCGCCAGCACUGCUCGGCACGGCGGCAGUGCCGCGGCGGACGCCCUCCACGUGACGGUGGUCGACCCUGCCGAAGCCACAACUGUCUGUGUGCACGCCGCUCAUUCCGGCGCGAGUGCCGGCGCGGCCGCAGCCGCAGCAGCACAGCAGACCUCAUCGAAUCCGCGCCGGCGCCGCGUCGAUCUACGCGCGCGCCUGGCGUCGAGACUGACUGCGGUCUCGUCCUCUCUGUCAGCGAGCCCCGCGAAACGGCGCAAGGGCUGUACUGCAGCCGUCACAGCGCCUGUCAGUGCCACCGCUGCGGCAACGGCGGCCUCCGCCCAAAACUUCCGCCGCGCCGAGAGCGCCUACAGUAUACGGUCCCGCUCUCCCACGUACAUCAGCAUAAUGCACCAUGCGGGCUACGGCGAUCGCCGCCGGCACAGCAUCGGCGGCGACGUGGUGCCACCCACUACUUUAACCAUGCCCGAGCGCCAGCUGCGUUCUUCGCGGGCGCCGGUGGCCAGUCAGCUAAUCGACUGGGUUCGGGGCGGCGAAUAA